AUGCCCUCUUUGGCAGGCACUACCACUCCAAUGGACAGCACCCAAGGAUCUCCUAGUGCCGAGGAUGGUUCUGAGUUUCUGGAUGAGAGCACUCAUGCAGAUGUGAGCAAGGUGGAUCCCAACAAGCAAGUACAAGAAGUGAUUGGAAAGCAGGAGGACAAGGCAGUCUUUUGCCUUCGCAUGGUGGUGCUCUUGGUGCUGCUGGGUGCCGCUGUGGGUGUUUCAGCAUCGGUAUACAUGUAUUUGGAUAAUAGUGAAAAGACUGCCUUUGAAGAUCAGUUUGACUCGGAUGCUGCUAAGGUGAUGGAAGAAACGGGCAAGACAUUGGAAAACACAUUGGGGCCGGCAGAUGCUCUCCUGGUCAAUCUGGUGGCAUAUGCUCGGACACUCCCCAAGAGACUGCCCAACCGAACGACGGCCUUUCCCUUUGUCUCUCUGCCUUCGUUUGGUCUGCAAGCUACCAAGAUGCUGCGCAACUCCAAAGGCUUUAACCUGUAUUUUGCGCCUAAGGUGGAGCAGGAACAAGUCCCCGAAUGGACAACAUUUGUCAAUGAGACCUACAAGACAUGGAUUGAGGAGGGGUUGGCCAUCGCCGAGAAGGAUCCCGAUUACGACGGGUUGAUCUACAAAGGGUACAACAACAGGACCUGUCUCGACAUUUACACUUGGGGAGGACAACCGGUCGACAUGCCACGUCCUGAUCUGGGCUAUUAUCUUCCUAAGGCGUUGGAAUAUCCCGUUGUGACAGGGGCUGGACGUGGAAACGGAUGUCCCUACAAUUUUGAUUUGGCACGAGCCUCCAUGCUCGUGCCGCAGCUCAUGAAAAUGAUGAUGACACAACGCAAGGCAGCCACUGGACAAUUCCAAAAUGUCAAUUUAAAUCUAUCCAAUCCCGAAGAAAAGCAACAAUACCUUGGAUUGAUUGCCUUUUAUCGGACAUUGCUUCCCAAAGAAGAGGAUCCAACCGAACCCGUUUGCAGCAUUGUGAUGCCCAUAUUUGAUGCCGUCGAUACCGUCUAUCUCGAUGACAGCAGUCAUGCCAGUCCUCAAGACUUUGUGGGGUACUUUGGACUCAAUAUUCAAUUCAAAUCAUGGAUUCGGAAUAUUUUACCCGAAAACUCCAAUGGGAUUAUUGUGGUUGUCGAACAAUCCUGUGGUGCUGCCGUCCCUUUCACGUAUCGCAUUGAUGGUGCCCAAACCACCUACCUUGGCACGGGGGAUCACCACGAUCCCAAAUACGAUCACAUGGUCCGAUCGGUGGUACUCCAGGCUCUGACUGAUCCAACCUUGUUUGACCGUGGCUCCUCCUAUACAGGAGUCCCAUUAUCUACAGACUUCUGUCCCAAUACCAUCAAAAUCUAUCCCUCACAGGACAUGGAAGACAAUCACCGCACCAACACACCGCUCUAUCUGACCAUUGUUGCCGCAUGCAUCUUUGUCUUUACGUCGCUCGUGUUUGUCUUUUACGAUUUCCUGGUGGAACGACGCCAAAAAAAAGUCAUGAACCGUGCCUUGGCGUCUGGUGCCAUUGUUUCCAGCCUGUUCCCACAGGAAGUGGCCCAAAAGCUCUACGAAGAAAACAAGGCCAAGUUUCAAAAGGAAGAGCAACAGCGAAACUUUAAGAGUGGAGAACUACCCCAGGCAGGACUGCGAUCGUCGACGUUGGCCAAAGACACGAAUCAAAUCGCCAAGCUUCAUCCGGAAUGUACCGUGUUUUUUGCGGAUAUUGCAGGCUUUACGGCUUGGAGUGCCAAACGACAGCCCACCGAAGUGUUUCAAUUGCUGGAGACACUCUAUGGGGAAUUUGACAAGAUUGCGGACCGCCGGCGAGUGUUCAAAGUUGAAACAAUCGGAGACUGUUAUGUGGCUAUCACGGGAUGCCCCAAACAGCAAGACGAUCAUGCUGUGAUCUUGUGUCGAUUUGCUCGAGACUGUAUGAACCGAAUGAGUGAAGUCACAGCCGAACUGUCUGACAGCCUUGGAGAAGACACGGCAACCCUGGGCUUUCGAGUUGGCUUGCACAGUGGGCCCGUCACCGCAGGUGUGUUGCGAGGCCAAAAGGCUCGCUUCCAGCUCUUCGGAGAUACGGUCAAUACUGCCUCCCGCAUGGAAAGCAAUGGUGUCAAGGGGAGAAUUCACGUUUCCCAGUCUACUGCGGAUUCUUUGAUUGCCCAAAAUAAGGGUGACUGGCUUUCGGAGAGACCAGACAAGAUCACGGCCAAGGGCAAGGGUGUCAUGACAACCUACUUUGUGACUCCCAGGUCUGCAGGUACCCUCGCUGAAAGCGUUAUUUCAUAUCGUAGUGUACCUAGCAGUGCCGAACAGGAAGGGGAAGAUGCAAAGAAAAAGCCAGAACUGUAUGUCAAGGUUAUGGAGGUCUAG